UUUAUUCUUUCUUCAUAGGCUUUGCCAUAUCCACUGCUUUCUCUUUCUCUCUCUUUGUAUCUCUCUUUCUUUCCUCGCCGCCACAUAUUUUCCUACGCACACUUUGCUUCAAUGUCCACUAAUUUCCUCGGAUCACCACCACCUCUUUUCAAGAAUGUAAUUUCUCCUUGUAAUAAACUCUCCACUUUCACCAUUAGAGCUUGUUUACAUUCUUGUGAGCCCAAAAUUGAUGAUCAUAUCUACAACAACUAUACUAAAUACUGCACACCCAAUUUCCCAAAUCCUGUUUCUCAAACACCCAUUUCAGAAAAACAGCCAAAAACCAUCUUGAACCAUACAAUUUUGGACAAUUUUGCAAAAGAUGAUGAUUUGUGGCUAAAAAUGCAAAAAGAGGCAAGGUUAGAUAUUGAGCAAGAACCCCUUUUGUCAAAUUACUAUAAAAAUUCAAUCUUGGUUCAUGAUUCCAUAGAAAGUGCUUUAGCUAAUCAUCUUUCAAUGAAAUUAAGCAAUUCAAGUAUUUCUAGUGAAACUCUAUAUGAUCUUUUCAUGGGGGUGCUCACAGAGGAUCAAGAAUUGAUUUUUGAUGUUAAUGCUGAUUUAAGAGCUGUUAAAGAAAGAGAUCCAGCUUGUAUUAGUUAUAUACAUUGUUUCUUGAAUUUUAAAGGGUUUUUAGCAUGUCAAGCACAUAGAAUAGCACAUAAAUUAUGGUCUAAAGGGAGAAAGAUUUUAGCUUUAGUAAUACAAAAUAGAGUGUGUGAAGUAUUUGCUGUUGAUAUUCAUCCUGGAGCAAGAAUUGGUAGAGGAAUAUUAUUAGAUCAUGCAACUGGAGUUGUAAUUGGUGAGACAGCAAUAAUAGGAAAUAAUGUGUCAAUUUUACAUAAUGUAACAUUAGGUGGUACAGGAAAAAUGAGUGGUGAUAGACAUCCAAAAAUUGGUGAUGGUGUAUUAAUAGGUGCAGGGACUUGUGUUCUUGGAAAUGUUAGAAUUGAAAAUGGUGCUAAAAUUGGUGCUGGUUCUGUUGUGUUAAUGGAAGUUCCUGAAAGAACAACUGCUGUUGGAAAUCCAGCUAGAUUGAUUGGUGGGAAAGCAAAUCCAAUUAAGCUUGAUAAAAUUCCUAGUUUGACUAUGGAUCAUACUUCAUAUUUAUCUGAGUGGUCUGAUUAUGUAAUUUGAAGGGGAGCCUAGGCGUAGCUGAUAAAGUUGCCUCCAUGUGACCAGGAGAUUAGGGGCUCAAGCCGUAGAAACAGCCUCUUGCAGAAAUGCAGGGUAAGGUUGUGUACAAUAGACCUUUGUGGUCCGGCACUUCCCCGGACCCCGCGCAUAACGGGAGCUUAGUGCACCGAAUUGUCCUUUUUGAUCUGAUUAUGUACUUUAGAUGUAGGAUUGCUAUGUAUAUGUACGACUUAGAGAUCAAAUAUAAUAAGUUUCUUUUUAUUUCU